AUGACUCCACUCUUAGUAUCAGAAAGAGAUUGGAGAAGCUACGAAAGAAAACAUAUUUUUAAUAUCGUCACUUGUAACAAACCAGAGCUUAUUUUGCUCUUUUAUGUGAUUUUGAAUUUUGCUCGUGCCACUUUUAUGGACCCUGGGUACUUGCCUAGAGGCGUGCCUGGUGAAAAAGUUAUGAGCAAUGACAAAACUUCCCCACCACGACCGAUUAUGUAUAAAACUGUACAGAUAAAUGGUGUUCCUACUCGCCUCAAGUGGUGUGUUACGUACCACUUGGAGCUAUGUAAGCAUCAUUUAUUGUCUGUUACUUCUAGUCUAAUACGAAAACCCGUCACCGGUGCUGCUAUGCAACUUAGCCUGCAAGCGAAGUAUCGCCAAAAAAUGCGACGGUCGCUAAAGAAUUCUCGAACGAAAGGCGUGAAUGGGAAGGCAAACGCAUAUUCAGGCGUUAUGCGGACAAACACUUCUGAUUCGCAACCACCAGUAUUGAUGUCUGAACUGGCUAAUCGUUUAGAUGGCGAUACUAAUGCGUCGCCAAAGGCUCUCCUGUUACGACUGAACAAUGAAGAAAACUCCUUGCCGCAGGUCCCAAGUUUUUCGUUGACUGACAAACAAGAGGACUCUCAAUAUCCCAAUGUGAAUUAUCAAGGAGGCGGUGUGCCCUAUCCUGAUAAAUUACCAGGUGGAUUUUCCUAUCGUACCCCCGAGGAACCCACUGAAGUUAACCCUGGCGAUUUCUUUUUUAAUGUAAUGAAAAUUUCAUUUCUCACCUCUGUUUUCAACCCCUUCCCCUGCUUCGAGCACCCUAUUUUCGCCCUACCAUUUCCUUUUCCUGGGCAAUUCAUUAAUAAUUUAGAAAGAGGUAAAGGGAUUAACUCCGGUCCCUCCUACUUCAUCUUGAGAUAUUUAAAAGAAUGGCUUUCGUUAAAAUCCAUUGUUUUAAUCAUGGAGUAUGACAUUCAGCUGAAGCAUCCAAAAGUUGCAGUCAAAGUACAACCUAUCGCAAGAUCAGAUAGCUACGCUGCCAGGCAAAAAGUUCUUCAACAACCUCUCUCCAGCGUUUGUACAGCAGCGAAGUCUCGAAUUGGAGGAGUAUCUCAACAGGCUUCUCUCCUACUACACCCUUCCUCCACCACCUCUUGCCAAUUUUAUCGAUUGGGAGAGAUAUGUAGGUUAUGCCCCAUUUCGUAUAAUUUCCACACUUCUUUUCAUCUUGUUGAAGUAACUGGUAUAAUAUGGUCGUGCUCAACAAUGCGUAAGCGAUAUCGAAAGAAAAUCGGUUACCUCAGUUCAAAUAUUUUAUUAUUCUAG